CUGCAUAACAUAACUGUAAUAAUAGAUAAUCAUAGAAAGCGGUUGACAAAUAGCAUCUUCGGCCUGGUCUUCCUGACGGCAUCAGUUUACUGUGAGCCGCCAGUCCAAGGUUAUAAUUACCACACUCCGAGCGGGUUCGGCCCUUCGAAUAGCUACUUGCCUCCGAGGACAGACUAUUCGAACCCAAGCAAUAGCUACCUACCGCCGAGUACUCACCGAUCGAUCUCCGGGCCGGACUACAACGGUCACGAACAUGGUCAUGGUGUUGACAACGAAGUGCCGAAGUCCUACGAAUUCGGUUACUCGGUGAAAGACUCGCAAUCAGGCAACGAUUACGACAGAAAGGAGACGUCCGACGGUCACGAGGUGCGCGGCGAGUACAGGGUGCACUUGCCAGAUGGACGCACACAGAUAGUGACGUACCAUGCGGACUGGCAGACAGGUUUCCACGCAGACGUGAGGUACGAGGGGGAAGCAAGGUACCCAGAGCCGGUUAACAAUUACCAUCAAGGUUAUAACUACAACGCUCCGGCAGGCUUCAGCGGCUCUUUGACUGGUUUCCAUGGCAACUCAAUAAACAAACCCUCCACAAAUUACGGACCCCCAGGGUACCACUGA